UAUUUUGACAUGUAAUACAUCGUAAAUGUAAACACUAUACGAAGGAUUCUCGAAUCCGACAACGUUUGUAAUUUCAGAAUAAAUUCAAUGAAGCGUAAGUACUGGGGUUCCUUAGAGGAUGGCAGCGACAAAAAGAAGGAAGUUUCUAGCAAUGAAAUCGUUCUUCCCAUGACAAAAAUGGAAAAAUUCCAACAGAUUAAACUUCCGUACACAAUCAACCGCGGAAAGAGCAUUCCCCUGAAAAAUCCUCUGGUUACACAAACGGUGGAAGUGAUGAAUCAAACGGAAAUGAUCCAAACCUUGAUCGACACCUAUUCGACCAAGUCCGGCUACAGUUACAUCCUUAAUCCCUGCCAGCUGAUGCCGAAUAUUGACUUUCCCCCGGCUAACACAGCUGAUUUAAGCGGGAAUGAGAAAAUAUCUCGUCCUCUUUGGUUCGUUAAUCCCCACGAUAGCCGAUUCACGCGGGGCGAACCAAAAAACUACCCUAAACUGACGAGGCCCGUAUUGAUGCAAGCACUCAGAAAAGUCAUCUGUGGUCUGCUACGGGUCACCGGUUUUUCGGAGAUAAAUGAAUCCGCCUUAAUCAUGAUGGUUGAUGGGAUAGAUCAGUACAUGCGAUUGCUGUGCGAAUCGAUGCGUGACGUUUUGGUCAGCGAAGGUCGUGAGACAGAGUCAACACUGGAUAUUUUAACGCUCGAGAAAGGGUAUUUCUCCGUUACCAAAAGGAGUGUCACUAGUUUGCAUAACUAUUACAAGGAACUCGGCAAUAAAAAUAAGAACGAGAUUCGCGAAUUUAAGGAAAUCUUCCAAGAGUACGAUAAGUUACUGCAGGAGAAUCAUCUAUCUGCGGCCCAAAGCAUGCAUCAAACAAGCAGCAAGCUGGACGGUGUCAAAGAGGAAGAUUAUAUGAGUUUCUUGGACGCAGGUCAACAUACGCAACAAAGUCAUGACACAUCCGGGCCGGCUUCGGCCUCCAUGGACGCAACGUCGGCAAUCAACAUAAUGAGUUUCCUGAAUGGCGAGGGAAGCGGCACAGAACUGAAAGAUAUCUUGGAUGGCAAUUUGUUAGAGUCCACAAGGCCGUCCAACACGGAUCACAUAGCACAGAUGCACUCGAAAGACUCUUUUCAUCUAGAUUCGUAAUUUAAUGGCGGCGUAAAAUAUAUAUCAGUAAAUUUA